AUGGCCGAAUACGACGCACUGUCCGAGAUGGGCCACUCGUGCGGACACAACUUGAUCGUAGAAGCUGCCCUAGGCGCUUCUUUGGCGCUCAAAAAGGCGCUCGAAACAACAGCAGAUCUUCCAGGCCGUGUCAUCUGCCUAGGGACACCUGCCGGGGAGAGCGGCUCCAGUAAGCUGCUCAUGGUCAACGGCGGCGCACUAGCCGACGUGGACGCUGUGAUCAUGGCCCACCCGAGCUCGGUGAACGACGUGGCUCCGCCCUACUUUGCAAUGGGCAAAGUGCGUGCGCGCUACAUUGCCAAAGCACUGUACAUGGCGUGCGCACCCUCCAACCCAGUGAAUGCUCUGGACGCCGCGGUCACCGCCUACACCGCUGUCACCGCUAUGCGCCAGCACAUUAAACCGACUUGGAAGGUGCACGGCGUAAUCACCAGCGCUGGUUUAGUGGCGAACGUGGUCCCGGACGAAACGGAGCUCUUGUACUACUACCGGGCACCCAAUGCGUUGGAGCUGGAACAGCUGCGGCGGCUGCUCGAUAACUGCCUCCAGGGUGCUGCAGUGUCCACAGGCUGCACCCUCGACAUGGACUGGGAGGGCGGCUACGAGGCGCUGCUCACUAACGGCCCGCUGGCCGACGCGUUCUGCAAGAGCGCUGCAUCGCUGGGCUUACAGCUCCAACCGAAGAGCUCGGCAAAGGUCCUCUUCUUGUCUUCCUCAGACAUAGGUCACGUGUCCCAGCGCGUGCCCACCAUCCAGCCGACGUUCGCCGUUUGCUCGGCUCCCAACCAUAGCCGCGAGUUCGCCGCCGCUGUAUGCUACAAAGAUGCGCAGGGCCCGACGCUGCUCAUGGCAAAGGCCAUGGCGCUCACGGGCCUCGAGCUCUUCCGCGACCCUGAACUCUUGAAAGAGGUCCGAAAGAACUUCUCCGAAGGGCUCGCGCUGUCCAGCCCGAAGCUAUGA